UGGGUUUUCAAUAAUUCUCGAGAAACCUUUGAUGUUGUAACUUUUAAGAAUGUUAACACAAAAAGUGUGGUAACCUAUACUCCUCGCACAAAAUUCGAUUAUGGAACUAUGCUCUGUUGGGCUACAAACACAGUGGGGGUGCAGUCCUAUCCGUGUGUGUUCUCUGUCGUACCUGCAGGACCUCCAGAAAAGCCAAAAGAUUGUAAAGUAUGGAACGUUACAGUUGAUUCAGUUGAAAUAUUCUGUAAACAAGGUUUCGACGGAGGAUUAAAGCAGUAUUUUGUUAUGGAAGUGCACGAUGAAAACUUACAUAGCCUUCGAGCUAACCUUACGUCCUCUGUUCCGACAUUUCUGUUACGAGGCCUAGACGAUGGUUCUAUGCUGAAGCUAAUAAUUUAUGCCGUCAACAUUGAGGGAAGAAGUGAUCGAAGUGUCAUUACUAUCAAUACAAUCUCAGAUUGGGUUGGCAGUGCCGUGAUGUCCAAUUUAGGUGACGGGGGGAAUGUCACUUUGGGUCCUCUACUGAUGAUUCUUGGAGCGAGCCUCGCUGUAUUGUUAGUGGUAGGACUAAGCCUUCUUCUCGUGGGAAAUAUUCGUUCUAGGAGGCAAGGCAGUCAGAAACCAGCAGCGAAAGGUAUUAUAGAGUUACAGGAAGUAGACAACGAAGAAGGAUCGUUCUUUACGAAGGGCAGUGGGAAUUAUUUGGAAUCUACAGUACAAAACUCUGUUUCUACAGGAAAUAAAGAAGAUUUGUUAAAGAUUCAAAAUGUUGCUCAUUCUUCAAGACAUAUGGAAAAGAAAUCGGCUCUACUCUCCCAAGCUCAAACCAAACAAUCAGCUUACGAUAGACAACGAGAUUCUAACUACUAUAGUCAAGAAAUUAGUUUAUCGGAAGUUUGAACGUAGUUGAAAAAGAUUCCACAGAAAUAAUAUAUAGUUUUCUCGACCACAGAGCUUAACUGAAUUAAACACAUAAAUUGUUUUAAGUUAAGAGCUGGAAAAAUUAAUUACAUUCACGAAGUAGAUAUAUCAAGCUUUCUAACUUUUACACAAUUUGUAUAAUUUCAU